AUGGGAGUUCCAAAUUACUUAUCGUUAUUAGAUGAUGUGAGACCGAUCAACUACAUGUACAAAGAAUUGAUUUUCACAAAUAUUAAUGAGAACAACAAUAAUGAAUAUUAUUACAUCUGCCCGUGUAGAUCGUCGUUAGAAUAUAAUCAACACAACCUCCAGUUUUUAACAAAGAAUUUGAAUAAUGCCGAGAGGGAUAAAAUAAAUGAUAGAAUUAAAAUCAUUAAGGUGGUGACAGAAGAGUCGAGUAUGAAUAUGAUAUCGACCUUUCUGGUCCAGAUAUCAAAGACGUCUUCACUGUCAGGAACAAACGCACUGAUUGAUUCCAUAGUACAAAACAAAGCAAAUAGAAUAUUCAUCAUACUGAAUUCAGAGGUGAUUGAGAGUGAUGAAAUACUUUAUUACGAGGACGUAAUUAAGUCGAUAACAGAGAGUGGAUAUGUGCGAAAAUUAAAGUUAUUUGUUAACUUUAAGUACAACGGACAGCAUCAACACGACAAAGAAGAAUUGGAAGAAUCGAAGAUGAAGUUGUUGGAUGAAGUCAAUGAUAGGUUGUAUAACCUGUUUAAAAACAAAGAGUGCUUUGAUAUAGUAAAGGGACUCAAGUACAGCAGCAUAUGUAUACCCAGCGAUGUGAGACUGAUAGAGCAUCUGCUAGGAGUACAGGAGAAUAAGUUGGAAAAAUUUUCAAAUUACUUGACACAUUUAAACGGGUCGAUUGAAGACGUAGUUAACACAGAAAAUGCCACUGUGACCGACGGUAGACUUCACGGUUCUACUAAUGUUAUUGGUAAUUGUGGUAAAAAGGACGAAGGAAUAGCCCAGAUGAAUGAAAUAUUGAACAACAUUAAUAGUUUAAAGAUCAAUUAUUCAAUAAACAGAUUGGAGAAUGAUUUAAAAUCACUAACAAAUAUAAACAACAGGUGUGAUUAUUAUAAAGAAGCUCAAAACUCGACGAUAAUAUUCUUGGUUGUCGCUACACUGGUUCUACACACAGUAACGUCGGCAUUUUUCAACGGUUUACUACUGAAGUUGAAAGUUAACAAUUUUAACGUGCCAGAAGUUUUGAAGAAGUUAGUUACGAGAUGUAAGUUCCGACUCCUAAUACGGAAAUAUUUAGUCAAAUUGAGGUCAUGGGUGCUCUUUUACGUAUUUCUAAUCGGUUUUUACCUUAUUUUUGAUUUUGUUAGCAAUAAGUUCUUGUUGAAGAGGGAGUUUGAUAAGAACAAGUACCAACAGCAAAAGAGUUAUUCGAAACACUUGAAUGAUUUGAAGAAUAAGCUGAGUAGUACGUGUAUAAAUAUGAGUGUGUUUACAAGAGUCGGUAUGGUAUUAAAAGGUAACAAGAUCGUGGAAACACAACAUAAUAAUAAAUUUAAAACAAAAUUACAAAUAAGCUUGUAA